UUAUUAUUUUCAUCAAGAGAGAGACAGAGCGCAACGGAGAGAGAAAAGAGAUGGCGACGGAGAUCAAUCCGAUUCGAUUUGGCAUCAUCGGCUGCGCCGACAUCGCCCGCAAGGUUUCCCGUGCCAUCGCGCUGGCCCCCAACGCCGUCCUCGUCGCCGUUGGCAGCCGCUCACUCGAAAAGGCCCAGCGAUUCAUCGCCGCGAACCGCUUGGACGCCUCAGUCGUCCGCCCCAUCGGCUCAUACGAGGAAGUGCUCGAGGAUCCCGGGAUCGACGCCGUGUAUGUCCCUCUCCCCACCAGCCUCCACGUUCGGUGGGCCGUGGCCGUCGCCGAGCGUGGCAAGCACCUGCUUCUGGAGAAGCCGACCGCCGUUUGCGCUGCCGAGCUUGACAUAAUCCUCGAAGCAUGCCGCUCCCGCGGUGUGCAGUUUAUGGACUGUACGAUGUGGAUGCACCAUCCGCGGACUACCAAGAUGCGGGAGUUGUUGUCUGAUUCCGCUCGCUUUGGACAGAUACAGACGGUCCAUAGCCAUUUCUCAUUCGCUGGAAAACCCGACUUCCUUCAAAAUGACAUUCGUGUGAAGCCAGGCCUUGAUGUUCUCGGGGCUCUUGGUGAUGUCGGCUGGUACUGCAUUCGCUCAAUCCUGUGGGCAUUUGACUAUGAACUGCCUAAGAAAGCAAUUGCACUCCAUGGCACAGUUAGGAACGAUUCAGGCAUAAUUUUAUCAUGUGGAUCAUCCCUCCUCUGGGAGGAUGGCAAGGUCGCAACUUUCCACUGCGAUUUUCUCACUCAUCUGACAAUGGAGCUAUCCGUCGUGGGAACAAAUGGAUCUCUUCGUCUUAACGACUUUGUGAUCCCAUUCGAGGAGGACAAAGCACAGUUUUCAUUUGGUUCAGCCUUAUCGUUCAACGAUUUGGUGACAGGUUGGCAUACAUUGCCUAGCAAGCAUAUUGUCGUAACAAGCCUGCCGCAGGAGGCAUUGAUGGUCCAGGAGUUCUCGAGAUUGGCUGGAAGCGUCAGAGCUUCCGUCAGUAAGCCGGAUGAUAAAUGGCCUACCAUUUCCAGGAAGACUCAGGUAGUUCUGGAUGCUGUCAAAGCAUCAAUUGAUCAGGGAUGCACACCUGUGGACAUUGUUGGGUAAUGGACGUGCUAAUGCUGUUUCACCAAAUGCGUUUUAGGUGUGUUGUGCUGUUAAAUGUCAUGGUUUUUGCUGAUGCUAUCAGCGCAUGUUUGCAAACUCGAUGAUUUGGUGCAGUCGAUGGCUAUGUGGGUUCAUUUGCUUUCUUAAUCAAAUAAGGUAUCUUUGAAUAA